UCUGCACCUACGACUUCGGCUACUGGUGGUACUGAGAUUCCUUUGAACAGCACCUCUACGGGGCUUCCGACGACCACCGCGCAGCUUCCGACCUUAACCGAGCUUCCCACCUCGCUCACGUCCAUCAGCAACGCGACCGCGACCGACACUGUGACUGGAGCACCCACUACGUCUGUUUCUCUGUCGUCCACUUCCAUCGCCAAUGAGACAGCUACCGCUACUGAGCCCGUUCUUACCACUAGCGAUAUCCUUACAUCAGCUACUGAGAUCCCGACCUCAGCUACGGUCCCUGCGAACACAUCGGAGGCCCUCACGAAGACUGUUGUAGAGACCACUCCCACCGUCACGCCGCCACCACCUACGACCACCCCGGUGGUCACCAGUAUCCCAGCUACGGCCACGAUCACUGAUUCUGAGUCAUGGCUCCCGAGUAUCAUCAUCGUGGAGCAGUCUACCUCGCUCAGCACGCCCACGGAGGCUCUGGCUCCCACGUCGACAGUUCCGCUGCCUACCGACCUGCCCAAGGUUAUUAGUGGACCUAACCCCAAUAUUGAACAACCCAAGGACUCUAUGCUUCUCCAGAUCGGUUUCUUGCACGGCGAGAAUUACCAGCACGUCAGCAAGAAUCCCAAUGCAGCUGCUCAGAUCUUCACUUUCUUGCCCCAGGCUCUGGCGGAUGCGGUUGGUAUUGAUGUCAACCAGAUUCAGAUGACGAAGCUCGUCCCAUACGAUACGUCUCAAACUCUCGGCUACAUCACCACGCUCGCCAAGUUCUAUUACCCCCGAAGCAUGGUUGACACACUGCGCAUGGAUAUCAAGAUUGCCAACUCGGCCAUUUACAACAACCCGAACCCCCUCAUCUAUAACCUUACGCAGAACAUCAAUCCCGCCAUCGAGAUCAUUCCAGGCAUGGAGGAUGAUGGCGGUUUUACCGGUGAUAACGGCUCUCCUUCGUCCUCGACCCCCAACAACUCCAACGACCCCUUCGGCGGCGACGACGACAGCUCCAAGCAGUCCCCUAUCCAGAAAGGAACCGCUGCUGCUAUCGGUAUCGGUGCUGUUGGUGUUGCUGCCGCGUAUGGUGCUGCCAUGUUCAUCAUUGCCCGCCGCUACAAGCAGAAGAAGCAGGCGCACCGUCGAGCAAGCUCCCUGACUUCCUCCGAGAUGCGCUACGCUGAUGCCGGCAGUCCGCCUAUGAUGGGAGGUGCUCUGAUGAGCCGCGAUUUCUCCAACUACGGCGGAGUCGCCGGCGGCCGUGAAAGUCAUGGCAGUGGUCGCACUGGACGGAGCGGCAUGGGUAACUCGGCGCGAACGGCUGUUAUUUCGGCCCCGGUCGCUGCUGAGAACUCUCUUGGCUGGAACUGA